AUGGAGGAGGUGAUACAAGAGGCUGACCACCUAGCGCAGCGAUCCUUGGAGGAAAAGCAGAUUCGCGACGCCAAAUCUGCACAGGAGCUACUGGCAGCCAAUCAAAGGCGCAUUGCAGAGGCGUUGAAGAACAAUGCAAGGGCGCAAGUGACCACCACCUUUCGCGUCCAGAAGACGCCCCACCCCUCCCAUCGACGGCCAAUCAUCGCAUCUGCGCACAACUUGAAGGGCAAGAAGAAGACCGAAACGCCUGCGCUGCUCAUGUCGCAGCACGCACAGCUGCCGCGCUACUGUGCGUGGCUGCCGAUUCGACGAAACAUCAUGGUGGAAGAUGAGACGGUACUUCGGCACAUCCCGUACAUUGGAGACGAUGAUCCGGAUGGUUUUCUCAACGAGCUCUUCAAGACAUACGAGGACGCUUUGGCAAUGCGACUUGACAGCGACUCUGCAGAGAGGAACACGGCCAUCAACGAGACGAUCAUGGAGGUGUUACAGCGCUGCCAGAGCAUGAUCUCAAAGGACGACACGCUGCCGAAAGAGGUGUUUGAGCGACUGGCACUGCGGCUUGGCCUGAGCGUGCCCCAAGUCAUCGAGCGGUACAAGAACAUCAAGAAGUCCUGCAACCUCACGUCGGCGCGGCAGUUGACUGAGCUGAGCAGCGACAUUGACACGCACCCGCCCGUGCUGGAUCGAGAGGCAGCGCUCGACUCUUACUCCAACCUCUUCUGCAGGCGAUGCUACACAUACGACUGCAGUGCUGUGCACUCCUGUCGCCCUACAUCCCAUCACCGCCCCAUCACCAUGCAGAACCUCAGCUCACAGAUUGUGGACGAAACUGUCAAGGUGGUGCACAACUACACGCCGUGCUACCAUCCGGGCCUGUCGUGUGAGGAGGCAGAGUGCUCCUGUCUCCAAUCCAACAACUACUGCGAGAAGUUUUGCCAGUGCGCCCCAGACUGCAAGCGGCGGUGGCGUGGGUGCCGGUGCCGCGGUGCGUGCAUGAAGGGCUCGUGCCCGUGCGCCGCUGCUGUUCGCGAGUGCGAUCCGGACCUCUGCAUCUCCUGCGGCGCAGGCGAUGAAGAGCCGUCAUGUAAGAAUUGCGGAAUUCAACGCCGACAGCACAAGCACCUGCUGCUUGCGCCGUCUGACGUUGCUGGCUGGGGCAUCUUCACCAAGGAGGACAUACAGAAGGGCGCCUUUAUCAGCGAAUACUGCGGCGAGGUGAUUUCGCAGGAGGAAGCGGAACGUCGGGGAAAAGUGUACGACAAGCACAUGUGCUCCUUCCUCUUCAACCUCAACGCUGAGUAUGUGGUGGACGCGACGCGAAAGGGCAACAAGAUCCGGUUUGCCAACCAUGCCAACGAUCCAAACUGCAACGCCAGAGUGAUGCUUGUGAAUGGAGAGCAUCGCAUUGGCAUUUACGCGAAGCGAAACAUUCCCGCAGGCAAAGAGCUCUUCUUCGACUACAGGUAUGGCCCGACGGAUGCGCUCAAGUAUGUUGGCGUGGAACGCGAGGGAGAUGUGUGAUGACAUGACGCGGCUUUUGUUGUCAAACAAUACACAGCGGUUCACAAC